GAAAACAAUUAUUAAGCGUUAGAUUGAUAAAUUCGCAGACUUGAAACGGAGUUUUAAAUUUUGUCUUACAUUUACUACUAUCACUUCAGUAAAUGAAGAACAACAGCAAACAAUUCUCAUGAAUGCAAAAGCUUCUGUAGCGCUGUGUGCAGCUAUUCUGUGCGGCUUCUGCGCCUGGCGAGUAACCCAAGUUCAUGAUGCACACCCUACAACUGAGGAGCGCGCAAUCAGCCUACUACGCUUUAUGAGAAGCCUUAAUCAGGAUACUAAAGUGUCCGAGGAAGAACUUGAGAAUGCAAUUAAUGCUUCGUUAGCGUGUAUUAGACGGGAGAUUACGAAGAUUUGUCCCGUCAAACUUAACAACACGCUUCAUCAUUUUGAUCUAAUACAAGAAUGCGGAGGAUCUACCAAACGCCUGCUGGAAUUAGACCACUAUACUGAUAGCUGUGUGAAGCACUUUCCAGAUGCACCUAAAGAAGUCGACGUGGAAGAGCUUGCCAAGAUGUUUGAGAGAUGCCUUCCGAGUGAUGUGUUUUCUUCGGUCUGGACAGACGUUCAGAUACCAAAUCCAAGCGAAAUAAGUGAGAAGGAUAGUGAUGUUGGCGAACUCUUAAGUUAAGCUAAGUGGUUUGUCAUGGGAUUUUUUGCAACAACGGAAUAUUUUGAUAAAAUCAGUAGCCACUUGUUUCGGCUUUAAAAUGCAAACACAAUUAACUGUAGUAGCUAAUACUACGUCAAAAAUAAACAAAAACUAAAUUUGCAAUAUAGUUGUAGCUUUACGAGAACAAUCGGAUACAGGAGUGGAGGAGUCUGUAAAACCAUUGUUCUGGUUAUUAUAUAUACAUAGGUACCUCGUUGUGGUAGCGGUCGAUUGUCCUAGGGCUGCUAUGCGAUUACAACACUGGCACUAUUCACCAGCGGUCCUACGUAUCUAUCAGUAUCUUGCCGGCUCUGAAAGAUAGUGUCGUUCAUCUGAAUCUGAAGCGAAGGUCCGUCCAGCGCCAGGUGAAUCCUAACCAGAUUACAUUAGCGUUAAGAUGUGUAAGAGAAGAAGAAAAAAAAGUGUGACAUUGAAUGAUUGCUAUCAACGUCGAAAGCGUACGUAAAAGCAAAUAGUUGACGCAGAAGCGAUUGAGAACAAAGACCCUUAAAUCAUAGUAAGAAGGUACAGAAAAGGCAGGCAUUAUUGCCGAUGAAGUAUCCGUUUAUUGCGUAAUGCAUUUAUUUUUGAAAAUUAUAUAUCAGUGAAUUUUACGUGAACCGACUGCAAUACCAUAUAGCUGCAGAAAUGUACGUAUACUUUCGUCUAGAACUUUUCUGUGCGUAAGAGCGUUCAUAAUGUAUUGCUUACAAAGCUUGUUUGUGAAACACGAGGAAACCGAUGAGCCUUUCGGGAAGAAGUCUUUGACUAUGUGCAUUACACCAGUAAAUGGUGGCAUCAAACGAACGAACAUGAUUGACUAGAUUGAUUGAUGAAUGAUUAGUCAUCAAACAACCGAAGGCUUGGAAAUCGUUAAAAAAGUAAUAAAUGGAUAAUAAACGGGA